UAAAAUAUAUAUGUACAUAUGUUUAUACUUUUAUGGUUGUUAAUAUCAGCUGUUUUCAAGCUAAGGAAAAACGCCUUGUUCUCUUGUUUUCGUUUAUAGUAAAAAUAACAACAGAUUAAUAUAUUCGUACAAAUGUUCCAAUAUCUUCAAAGCGGGCGUGUAAAUAUACAAUUGUUGCAAGAGGCUGCAUGCAAAGAGAUUGCAAAUCUUUUAGGGCUCAUUGAUGGAUCCAAACUAUUAAUUUUAGAUGAAGAAAUUCUGGGUCCCAUUGGCUUGGUGGCUUCUCCUUCGCUUUUUUCCGAACGGAACAUUAAGUUGCUCAAACUAAAAGUAGAUGCACAAAUCCCCCGCGAUGCAUCUAACAUCAUAUACAUUGUACGAUCACACGUCAGACUUAUGGAAGUUAUUGCUGAACAUGUUAAAAAUAAUCUGGAUAAAAACAGACAGUUUCACAUCUAUUUCGUGCCGCGACGAUCUUGUUUGUGCAUCAAGCACUUAGAGAACUUAAAAGUGUAUCAAAAUUUCACCCAAAUAAAGGAAUUAGAAUGGAAUUUCUUCCCUUUAGACGUGGAUACUGUGUCCAUGGAACUGCCUUUUGCUUUUCGGGAUGUCGCUGUUGAUGGUGAUCCAACUGUGUUUUAUCAAGCAGCUGUAGGAAUAGUGCAGUUACAACGCCUCUUUGGACGAAUACCAAAAAUCUAUGGAAAGGGUAGUCAUUCACGAAGAAUAUGGGAGCAUGCAAAACAAUUAGGUGCCGAGGAAAAAAUGUUGAACGGGGAUAAAGGAUUGAUAGAUCAAAUUAUUUUGCUUGAUCGUUCAAUAGACAUUCUCAGUGCUGUGGCUACUCAACUCACAUAUGAAGGGUUAAUCGAUGAAUUUUUCGGCAUAAAAAACAAUAAACUUGUCUUGCCAGCAGAACUUUUCACAUCGAGUGCAGAAGAACAAAACGCACAGCAAACCCAAUUUGUCUCGGGAAAGAAAACAUUGUUUAUGAAUUCUGGAGAAAAAUUGUAUGCCCAAUUAAGAAAUAAAAAUUUUAAUGAAGUUGGCAAAAUUCUGGCACGAAAUGCUCGAGAAAUAAGUGCCCAAAUGAACACAAAAACACAGGAUACCUCGGUGCAGGAUAUGAAACGUUUUGUGGAUAAAUUACCAGCAUUGCUAGCACAAAAGCAAUCGGUGGCAGUACAUACAACAAUUGCGGAAAUUAUUCGUAAAAAAGUGGACACCUUCGAAUUUUCCGAUGAUCUAGCAGCCGAGCAAGAGUUUAUGAUGUGCGAAGACACAGACAAGGCCAGUGCAUAUAUUGAGGAUAUGAUAGCAAAAAAAGGUGACCUUGAAAAUGUUUUGCGACUAAUGGCGAUGCAAUGUGCAGCGGCAUCUGGAUUUAAGGAAAAAGUUUUGAAUUAUUACAAACGUGAGUUGGUUCAGGUGUAUGGUUUGGAUGUUUUACUUAAAAUAAGUAAUUUGGAAAAGGCCGGUCUUUUGUACACUCAAUCGGAAUCCCGUGCGUAUGCAGUCCUACGCAAGACUCUUAAUUUGACUGUGGAGGAUGUCGUUGAAAUAGAACCAAAAGAUAUAAGUUAUGUACACAGUUUUUAUGCACCAUUAACAGCGCGUAUUGUAGAACAGACGCUGAAACCUCUAGGUUGGCAAACCUUGAAGAGUCAAAUUAACAACUUACCAGGACCAACAUUUGAAGAUUUUCAAGCUCAACUAAUAGGUAUAGGUGGUCGUCACAACUCAUCGACGCCAAUAGAUGGUUCUGCUCUUAAUAUUCCUCGUGUUAUUUUGGUAUUUUUCGUGGGCGGUUGUACUUUUGCGGAAAUUGCAGCCCUGAGGUUUUUAUCACAACAAGAGGAUAAUAAUGUUGAAUUCAUUAUAGCCACUACAAAAAUUAUUAAUAAACAUAGCUUUAUGAAUAGCUUGAUGUCAUAAUCGACCUAAACAUUUGAACUUCCAUAACUCGAACUCUUGAAUUGACAAUAGAAAUCGAACUUUUCGACCAGGGUAUAAUAAAAAAUGUUAAAUUUUAGUAUCAAGGCAGAAUUUCAAAGGAGACAGGGACUCCCCAUCGUGUUGACAUGUUGAUGUGAACAAAAAAUAUGAUAUAUUAUACUUAUGGAUUGUAUAAAUCUUGUUACAAAGGCAUGGAGUACAGGCGUCAAGAGCCAAACAAUAGCAACCAACAACAAACAAAAUUGCAGAAUAUACGUUUGAACGUAUGUAUGUAGUACAUACAACAUUUUUCCAACUGGCGCCGAAUUCCUGGAAGGGAAAGAGAAGAAUGGCGCGUUAUUAUCGAUUCUGCUAUAAUCGGAUAAACGGUUCCUACGCCAAUUACAUACAUACAUACAUACAUACAUACAUAAAACUUUAUGCAAAUGACAUUAAUAAAACUGUAUAAAACAAUAUUUUACAGCUUUUUGAAAAUUUGUAUUUUUUAAUGAAAACUUCUAUAACUAGAAGUCUCUCUAACUCGAAGUUUUUUUUGGAUUAUGGUGAUUCGAGUUAAAGAAGUUCACCUGUAUUUUAAUAUUUACCCUCGAUCAAAAGUAAACAGUAUCUGUGCUUAAAAGUAGAACGCAGAUAACUCCCAUCCAAUGCGACGUGAUAUCCGGAAUUAGAAUAAUAUAUUCCCUGCCUUUGUUGAUAUUGCAGAAACAUAACAAAAUAUCUGAUCUGGCUCAAUUCGUUAAAAUUUGAGUAGACAAACCCCUUCGCUCUUUAUAAUAUAGCUGAUUAAACUAUAUAUAGGAUAUUUGACAACACACUGUCAUUCCAAAGAAAUGAGUUACAAUUAACAUUUUUACCAAACAUGUAUGUAGACAUACUUAUUUGGCCAAUCGAAACACCAUUUAAAACAUUUUCCGAAUAAUUUGGAGAAAUUUUGCGAAUUUGCCAGUCCUUGGCCGGGUAAUAAUUUAGCUCCGUUCUGGCUACGUAGAAAACACUGUCAUGAGAACGCUUAUACGCGGCAGAGUUGUGUUUUAGUUAAAUUCUGUCUUACCGUAUAAGUGAAGCUAUUUAGGUCUGCCAUACCACUUUAAUGAUUUUAAUUUACGAUUAAAUGCUUUGUUUUUUAAAUAAAUUAUUUUAGUCCAAAUAUAUUUUCAAAUUUACAAAUUUUUAACAAUAGACAUCGAUUUGCUGGGAAGAAAUCGAGGAAUAUUUUCUCACAUGUGACUACAUUGUAAAACUUAUUCUUACAUACACAUAUCCUCUGGCUCUCAGUUUCUACGGAGUAACAUACCAAAUACCAGGUUUUGAUUUGCUAUGGUUUCAAAUACUAAAUAGCUUCGACAAUGUUUUAAUUUAUUUUACCAACUACAACAAAAAAUAAACAAACAAUUUAUAUGAUUUUUGCCGUCUUUAUUUUUAUAGACUUAUUAAUUUGUUAUCUUCGAUUUUAUUAUAUCUAGCAUAAAAAUAAAAUAAAUUUGAAUUUCAAUAUUUUUAACAUAAAGUUUUUCUUAUGGUUCCUUAAUAUGUUUCUAAGUUUUGUUGGUUUUUUUUUUAUAAUAUAUAUAUUAAUAUAUAUAUAUAGGUAUGUAUAUGAAUUUAUUUUUGUUGUAUUAUUACAAAUUGUAUGUUACUACAAAACUAAACUACUAGAAAUGUGUUUUAGAUUUGCUUUGUUUAUGUUAUUUUAAUAAUUAUAAUUGGUAUAAUUGGUCGAUUUUUGCUGGCGUGGAAUCUAUUUUACACAUUUUUAUAUGUGGAAAUUGCAUUUGCAUUGUUAAUUACAACUUGUAGUGCUUAUUUAAAAUAAAUAUUUAAUGAAGCAGAGGAAAGGAACAACAACUGUAGCGUUAAAUGGUAAUACAAUAUAUUUUUCAAUGAAUUUAUGUGAUAGUAU